UUGUGCAAAUACCACAUUGUCUUACAUAUAUUCUAUACACUUAUGGAAUAUUCCGUGUAGUUGAUGGAAUAGUUUUUCUGCCAUGGCUUGUGAUUUUCCAACAAGGUAGGCAUCCUGUAUUAAGUCAUCAUCACGAACUGGGAACCCAAUCAGCAGUUCCCUACAUUUCAUCCUCAUCACCCAGUGGUCAGUAUUUUAGAGUAAAAGGAAUGUGCAAUUACAGGGACUCGUGACAUUCGAGGAUGUGGUUGUGGAUUUCACCCCAGAGGAGUGGCAGUACCUGAACCCUCUACAGAAGACCCUGUACAGAGAAGUGAUGCUGGAGACCUACAGCAGCCUGGUCUCUGUGGAUGCUCUGAAGAUCCAGGAGGUAUCACUGUCAUCUCUCAUCAGCAGGGCCACAGGUGACCAAACCAGACCUCAUCCUCAAAUUGGAGGUAGAAGAGCCAUGCCUAGCAGAAACAAAAAUCUCCUUUUGGAGCUUUCCAGAAGCAGCCUGUCAAAUUGAUGAACAGAUUGAGAGACAGCACCAGGAUGACCAAGACAGAUAUCUGUUGAUGCAAGCUGGAUUCCCUGACAAGAAAACAAUUCUCACCAAGACUGGCCAUGACUAUAAUGAAUUUGGAAAUGCACUUCCUCUGAAUACAAACCUUGUUGCUUCAAUACAAAGGUCCCAUAAACAUGAGCCAUUUGGAAAUAUGGUAGAUAGUUUAGACUUAUUUACCAGAAGCUCUGUAGGAAAGAAACAUGAUAAUGGAUGUGCAAAAUUAUUCUUCCAUACGGAGUAUGAGAAAACUCCUGGAGUAAAGCCCCACGGAUAUAGAGAGUGUGGGAAGGCCCUCAGGCGGAAGAAAGGGCUUAGUCUACAAGAGAGAAUUAAAAAUGGAGAGAAACCCUUCGAAUGCACCGCGUGUAGGAAAACCUUCAGCAAGAAGUCACACCUCAUUGUACAUUGGAGAACUCAUACGGGAGAGAAACCCUUUGGAUGUACUGAAUGUGGAAAAGCCUUUAGCCAAAAAUCUCAGCUCAUUAUACACUUGAGAAGUCAUACAGGAGAGCGACCCUUUGAGUGUCCAGAAUGUGGAAAAGCCUUCAGAGAAAAGUCAACCGUCAUCAUACAUUACAGGACUCAUACAGGAGAGAAACCUUAUGAAUGUAAUGAAUGUGGAAAAGCCUUCACUCAGAAGUCAAACCUCAUUGUCCAUCAGAAAACCCACACGGGUGAGAAAACUUACGAAUGCACUAAAUGUGGGGAAUCUUUCAUACAGAAGCUUGAUCUAAUUAUACAUCAUAGUACUCAUACAGGAAAGAAACCCCAUGAAUGUAAUGAGUGUAAGAAAACUUUCAGUGAUAAGUCAACUCUCAUUAUACAUCAAAGAACUCAUACAGGGGAGAAACCUCAUAAAUGUACUGAAUGCGGGAAGUCUUUCAAUGAGAAGUCAACCCUCAUCGUGCAUCAGCGAACUCAUACAGGAGAGAAACCCUAUGAAUGUGAUGUGUGUGGGAAAACCUUCACCCAAAAAUCAAACCUUGGCGUACAUCAGCGAACGCAUUCAGGAGAGAAACCUUUUGAAUGUAAUGAAUGUGAGAAAGCAUUCUCUCAGAAAUCCUAUCUCAUGCUCCACCAGAGGGGUCAUACAGGAGAGAAGCCCUAUGAAUGCAGUGAAUGUGAAAAAGCAUUUUCCCAGAAAUCAUACCUCAUUAUACAUCAAAGAACUCAUACGGAAGAAAAACCCUAUAAAUGUAACGAAUGUGGCAAAGCCUUCAGAGAAAAGUCCAAGCUCAUUAUACAUCAGAGAAUUCACACAGGAGAGAAACCCUAUGAAUGUCCCGUAUGUUGGAAAGCUUUUAGCCAAAAGUCCCAGCUCAUAAUACAUCAGCGAACACACACAGGAGAGAAACCCUACGCGUGCUCUGAGUGUGGCAAAGCCUUCAGAGAAAAAUCCACAUUCACUGUACACCAGAGAACUCAUACCGGAGAGAAACCCUAUAAGUGUGCAGAGUGUGGGAAGGCCUUUACCCAAAAAUCAAACCUGAUUGUACAUCAGAGAACACACACGGGAAAGAAGGCCCACGGGAAGGGCCACAGCCGGAAGUCAAAGCUCAUUGCACAUUAGAGAGUAGAUCAAGGGUGCCUGUCACCGUUCACGGAGGGAAAGUUUUGUCCAUUUAAUUAACAUUUUAAAAGUAUGUUCUGAUUUCUGGUUUAAAUAUGGGGAGUAAAAGUCAGUCUCUUUUCUUUUCAUCUCAGUCCUCACCCAAACACUACAAGGAGCAAAAGCGGAAGUGUAAUCUCUGUAUCUGACACGAGAUAGCGGAAGCCCUGAUGAGCGCGCUGCCGGAGGCAGAGGGGAUCGAGCGCCAGGGCAGGAGAUUUCGAAGCGAAUGCUCAAGGCUGCACACGUGGGGCCGCACUGGCGAGGGCUCUUAGUUGAGGUUCAGGAUAUCCCCCGAGUGCAAGGCCAACUACAUCCACCACAGUAACAGAGAGCAUUGGCAGGUAGGAGGUAGGAUGUCUCCCAGACCCAUUUGGGGUCUGAGGAGAGACUGGCAGAGGCCUCCACAAGGAAUCGCUCAGACAAGCCGUAUUUGUAGAAAGUAGUCUGCACUCAUGAGAGGAGCACUCGAUGGGCUGGGGCAAGAGAAGGGAGUGUUCCUUGUGAAGAACCCGACAGCUGCCCCGGUUUAUGGACUCUGGAGAAGUCAAAUCUAAAAGAAGUACCAAACGGGGAAAAAAACCAGUUGUAAGAAAAAAACUUAUCUGCCUAGAAUGUGGCCCCCUUUUCUUACCCCACGUGAACCUCCAGGAGACAGCAAGUCCAGGAAAAACUCUUAUUCAAAUAAAAAUGAUUCCAAAGUAAUGAAAACCACAAAGGCAAUGGCUUUUGGACCCGCAGUUCCACUUCUAGGAAUGUAUAUACUCAUGAGUGUACAAAAUGACGAACACACAGAGAUAUUCACUGGUGCACUUUUAUAAAAACAAAAGGUUGGAAGCUGUCCAGAUGACGGGUCUGGAUCCUGAAAUCCUGGUAUGUUCAUACAGCAAGCCUGCUAGAUAGACAAAACGAAUAUAUAUAUAAUAUUUGAAUAUAUAUAUAUAUAUAAAGAGAACUUUAUAUAUAUAAAGAGAACAAAACGAAUAUAUAUAUAUAUAUAUAUAUAUAUAAAGAGAACUUGGACAUCGUGUGUGUAGUGAUGUGGGACAAUCUCCAACAUACAUUAUUAGGUGCAAAAAGCAAGGUGCAGGACAGUGAAUAUGCUACCGUUCGCAUAUAAGAAGAACAAAUUGCAAGUACAUAAUUGAGCAUAUAUGCAUAAACUAUCUCUGGGAAGAUACAUGAGCAGCCGAGAACCCUGAUCACCUCUGGGAAAGGGCAGGGGGAGUGGGUGGCUGGGGGCAUGGCAUUGGGAGACAACUGUAUGUCCUUCCAUAACUUUUCGAAAACUGUGCUCUGUGGCUGUACUACCUUUUCAGCAAAUAAAACGUUUUAAAACAAA